AUGGGAGGCUCAAAGCCACGUGCCCAAAAUCAACAGACAAUUAGGGAUAAAACUCAUUUCACCACCGGCGUGAACAAUCUAUUGCCUUUAGAUAUGGUUGAUAGCAAACCGUCACUGGUAUUGUCUGUCCAACUGUUAAAACAAGCCGAAGAUAAAUCACAACCAAAGAUUGUGAAAAGUGAAUACAAAAAAUCUUUAUCACGGGAUUGUAUUAAUGCAUAUUCAGCAACAUGUUUAAAAUUAGACAUAUUAUCCUGGGUGGACAAGUUAAAUGAAGAAGACGAUUAUAGUGUUUUACCAGGUGUCUCAGUGAUUCGAGAAAAUAACAGUGUUGGGGCUAAUACCGCAGAUUUGGUCGCCGAACUAGCCCGAGACUUUCCAAAUGAUCCGGAUGCCCGACUUGACGCGUUUUUAAUAAAAAAAGUAACUUCAUAUUUCAACAGUCAUUCCAUUCGUUUACAUUUAUUGGAUCAAAACACUGUGGAAACCGCUAGAGGUGGGGGUGGGGGAGGUGGAGGCGGCGGUGGCAAUAAAGGUGGCGGCGGCAUGGGUAACAUGGGUGGCAUGAUACUCGCUGCAGGAGCUAUGAUGAAAGGGACGUUAAUGGCCUUAGCUCUUGGUGGUAUUGCAGCUUUAGCUGGUAAAGCUCUGAUGACUGGCUUAAUUUCACUUUUAUUGUCAGCAAUAAUUGGAUUAAAAGCUCUCACACAUGGACAUAAAUCUACAACGUACGAAAUUGUGUCAAAGCCAAUAUAUUCUCAUUCGAAUACCCAUUCUGUGUCUCAUGAAGAUCAUGGUCAUGGAUAUGGUCACUCUUCUUAUGGGCGUAGUUUUAAUAUGCCUUUACCUCUGGGGUUACAACCAGAUUAUAACCCUGAAAUCAAGUGA